UUUCCGCGUGGCGGUCGUUUUGGCGGCCGUUGGGUCUGUGUACCUCACAGACUGAGGAGCGCUGGGUCGUAUCUGAGGUGACGGACCCGAGGAGGCACGGGAGGAGUUGUCUCUGCUGCACAGAGGCGGGUCUGAGGCACUGGGCUGCGGAGACUCUGCUGCCAGGUCUCGGUCCGGAUCUCCCGCCGCUCCCGGCCCUGCUCCGCCCACAGAGUCGGAUGGCGGCGGCCGCGUUGAGGGACCCGGCUCAGGGCUGUGUGACCUUUGAAGAUGUGGCCAUUUAUUUCUGCCAGGAGGAGUGGGGCCUCCUUGAUGAGGCUCAGAGGUUCCUGUACCGUGAUGUGAUGCUAGAGAAUUUUGCACUUACAGCAUCCUUGGACUGUUGGUGUGGUGCCGAGGAUGACAAGUUACCUUCUGAGCAGAGUGUUUCUAUAGGAGACUCACAGGUCAGGACUCCAAAGGCAGGUCCAUCCAUCCAGAAAACUCACCCCUGUGAGAAGUGUGUCCCAGCCUUAAAAGACAUUUUACAUCUGACUAAGCUCCAAGCGCCAUGUCCUGGGCAGGAGUCAUACUUAGGUGGGGCAUCCAGAGGCUUCUGGUUCAGUGAAAACAUUCACCAGCACCAAAAGCAUGGUACUGGAAAGAAAAUCUUCAAAUUGGAUAUGGACAGGGCCUCGUGUAUGACAAGCUGCAGAUUCCACAUGUCAGGGAAGCCAUUCACCUGUGGGGAGGAUGGAAAGGACUUUCUAGCUACCUUGGGCCUUCUCCAGCAUCAGGUCACUCCUGAUGGUGAAAAGCCACAUAGCACCAUCAAGUGUGGGGAGCCCUUUAACGGUGGAAAAAGUCAUGACAAAUGGAUUGAAAGCAAGAGAGUUUUCAGCAACACAUACCCACUUCCCCACCAGAGAGUCUGUACUGGAGAAGGGCUUGAUGACUGCAGCAAAUGUGGGAAAACCUUCAGCUGCAAAUACAGACUUGUUCAGCAUCAGCAAACUCACAUUGGAGAAAGGACUUAUGAGUGUGGUGAAUGUGGCAAGUUCUUUAGCCGCAAAACCCACCUCAUUCGACACUGGAGAGUUCACACUGGAGCAAAGCCCUAUAAGUGCAUUGAAUGUGGGCGAUCUUUUAGUCAGAAAUCUGACCUCAUUCAACAUCAAAGAAUUCACACUGGAGAAAGGCCUUAUGAGUGCAGUGAAUGCGGGAAAUCCUUUAUCCAGAAAUCCAUCCUCAUUAAACACCAGAGAGUUCACACUAAUGAAAGGCCUUAUAAAUGCAGUGAGUGUGGAAAAUCGUUUAGCCAAAGUUCUGGCCUCCUGCAACAUAAGAGAGUGCACACUAGAGCAAGACCUUAUGAGUGCACUGAAUGUGGGAAAUCAUUUAGCUGUAAAACUCACCUCAUUCGACACUGGAGAGUUCACACUGGAGAAAGGCCUUAUGAGUGCAUUGAAUGUGGGAAGUCUUUUAGUGAGAAAUCUGUCCUCAUUCAACACCAAAGAGUUCACACUGGAGAAAGGCCUUAUGAGUGCUUUGAUUGUGGGAAAUCCUUUAGCCAGAAAUCUGUCCUCAUUCAGCACCAAAGAGUUCACACUGGAGAAAGGCCUCAUGAGUGUAGUGAAUGUGGGAAAUUCUUUAGCCGCAAAACUCACCUCAUUCGACACCGGACAGUUCACACUGGAGCAAAGCCUUAUGAGUGCAGUGAAUGUGGGAGAUCUUUUAGCCAGAGCUCUGGCCUCCUUCGACAUAGGAGAGCUCACAUGCAAUGAAUGUGGGAAAUUGUUUAGCUGCAAAUCUGACCUCAGUCAACAUCGAAGAGUUCACACUGGAGAAAGGCUCUUUCCUUAGUAUAACAGUGUUGGAGGAAAGCCUCUGAGAAGAGCUGUCUGCUUGAAUUGACUCAUAUAUCCAGACAUCCACAGACUGGAGAUUACCCAUAAGUUUUGGUUAUGGGGGAAGUGUGUUUAACCUGUCCUGGGGUCCUUGCCAGACUUAUGUUACUGGCAAUUUCUGUGGCAGAAGCCAUUUCACCCCUGUUACCUGGCAGGUCCACACAGCGUGCAUCAGCCACCACCCUAACCAGCUCAAGGAAGCAGACCUCUGUUCUCCCUUUUGUUGCAGGAAAUCCCGAGUGUCCUGAGCCCUUCUCUCUGACAAGUUAGGGCAUGGACCUGAGCCUAUGCUGGCCCAGAGAACUCUGAGUUCUGGUGGCUUUCAGAGGAGGACUAGCUUUUUCAGGGACAUAGUUGGUCUCAGGUAGUGCUUGUGAUGAAGUUUUCCAGCUUCCAAGUUACCAAAUCAGAAACUUCCUGUUGCUCAUUUUUCUGGUUUGUGCAAUAAGGGCCUUUUCGUUUAAGCACCUUUAAUCUUGGACUCUGUUCACUAUGUGGGUAGUUUGAGAGCACAAUAGGACUGCCAACUUGAAGGGGAAACAUUUUGUGAGGAUCCAAACUGUGCCUCAGAGGGGACAGUAUGAUGGUGGUCCUCCAGUUUGUCCUAGUUUACAUUGCUGCCAGAGCCUCCUAAGAAAGACUGCUGUGUGGUCUUAAAAUGUUUCCUGGAUGCCAGAGGUCACCCUGAGGAAGGGGUAGUUGUGACACUUUCAGUGCUUCUGGAGUCAACAUAAUUUUCAUCUUGCUCACAGGAGACAGCACAUAAUGUCCAGCACUGCUGAGUAAAAUAUAAUCCAAGGCUCUGCAAAGGAGCCACAUGCCCUGAUACCCAGAGUUCAGUACGCUAGUGUCACUAAUUGUAAGACUCCAUGGGCAGUGGAGACCAUAACUGGUACAGAAACAUGGGAUCAACAGAGUGGAGGAGACUGUAGAAAACUGCGUGGUAUGUGCCUCUUCUAAAGAUGCAUCCACAGUUCCAGUUUCGAGCAUGCCCCCAAAUCUUGGGACUUCCAGGUAUGUUUAUCUUGUGUAGCUGAAGUCAUUGGCAGACAAAAUGGUCUUAGGGUUUUGUGAAUUCCUGUAGACUGAGCUGUUCACCUCAAGGCCAAAAGUUUGGACAGGAGGGAGGCCCUCUAGUUUAGGGAUGUGGCUUUGGUGACUCAACAUUCUUCUUGACUCAGGUGGAAAUGGCCUUCAUUGUUUGCCAGUAUUUCCUGCCACCAAGGAAAGGAUGGCUUUCCCUCAAGGCAUGAGUGAGAUAGUGGAGUCAAUACAGAGUUGCCAAACCUGAUUUCUGAAGAGUGCUAGAUUUAGAUUUUAUUGUAAACCAUUUUUUUAAAGCUGUAUUAAGGUAUAAUUAACAGGAUAAGUUGUACGCAUUUAAAGUAUACAACUUGAUAAGUUUUGACAUGUAUAAACUCAUGAGACCAUUAACAUGAUAAUGGACAUAUCUGUCACUUGCAUAUUUUUCUCAUGCCCUUUUAUAAUCUCUACCCAGCCCUCCAGGAAACCAUGGAUUAUUUAUGUUCCUUUACAAUUGAUUGCAUUUCCUAGAAAUUCAUGACUGAUCACAAAGUGUUUACUCUUUCUGGUUUCAUUGAUGCCGCAUAAGUUAACCGAGAUUCAUAAACGGUGCUUGUAUGAGUAUUUCUUUUUUUUUCCCCCUUCUUCCGUCUCCUCCCCACUCCCCCACUCUGGUUCAAGCCAUUGGUUCUCAGUCUAGUUGUGUAGGACACAGCGCCCUGACCCAUGCUGGUGGUAUUAUGAACCUUGCAUUCCCCCCAGCUGAAGAAGUCAGUUGCUAGUCAUAGGUCGGCUGCUCAUAGCAGCUCACGACAGCUCUCACUGGCUGCUGGCCACUCAUAGCAGCACAUGGUAGCCCACUCCAACCCACGCCGACCUCCAGCUGCUCACAACAGCCCAGCUCCAGGGAGAGCCAUUGUUCAUAAUCUUUGCUGUAGAGGGCGCGGCUCACUCGCCCAUGUAGGAAUCGAACCGGUGACCGCGGUGUUAGGAACACGGUGCUCCAACCACCUGAGCCACCGGGCCAGCCCCUAAUAUUUCAUUCUUAUUUCUGAGUGGCUUUCUCUUCUGUGUAUAGUCAACUAUGUUUAUCCAUUCAUCUGUUUAUAGACAUUUGGGUUAUUUCAAGUGUUAGCUAUUAAAAAUAAAGCUGAUAGGAACAUUUGUUUAUAAUUCUUUAUAUGGGUAUAUGUUUCAUUUAUAUUAAUAACUCAGAGUGCAAUGUCUGAGUCAUGGGGUAGGUGAAUAUCUAACUUUUUAAGAAAUUGCCGAGCUGUAAUCUAAAAUGGUUGUCUGCAUUCCCGCCAACGGUUUGUGAGACUUCCAGUUCUUUUACAUCCUUGUAAGUGACCUGGUAAGAUCACUUUUUAAUUUUUGCUCUUUUAAAAUAAGUGUCUGGUGGUAUCUUACUGGUUUUAAUUGCCUUUUCCUAAGGAUUUAUGAUGUUGAGCAUUAUAUUAUGUAUUUGCAACUUGUUUGUCUUCUUCAGUAAAAUGCCUGUUCUUAUCUUUGGCCUGUUUUCUAUUUUAUGACAUUUGGCUAUUUGCCUUUUAGUAACGAGACAAUGAAACAACAAAGACAUGUUGGAAUUUUACUCAUUCUUCAGUGAUGAGAACAACUUAUUUUCUGCACAUGAAAUAGUUGUUUUUGAAUAGUGGAAAAAUAUUUAGUCAUUUUUUUGUGUGUGGUCUGCACAAUAUAAUGGCCAUCUAUACCAUGUACUGUUAAGUUUUAUCAGCAUUACGGUAUUAACAUAUUCUUCAUUACUUUUCUAGGAAUAAACAUGCAAUAUAUUGCAUUAAACAAUACAAUAAAUCAAGCCCUAAAUUGUGUGUUUGCUAAUGUUCUUGGGGUAAAUACUUCCACUGUGGCCAGUUUCAAACUGCUUACCUAAAGAGUUAGUGGUAGCACACCAUUCUAUUUCCACCUUAUUGAUCCAGUAGCCACAAAAAACCUCAGGAACAUAGAUAAUACCAAAACUUAGUGAAAUGAUUAGGAAGUGUCGAUGUUUCAGUAUUUGUAGCUUAAACUGUUUAAUUGACGUACAGUUGACUUUAAUGCACAUUUUAAAUGUAUAUUUUGAUACAAAAAAGUAUCCUUGUGCCCUUUUUAAACUCGUUCUCAACAUAAAAUUACUGAUAUAAGGAUAUGGUCUACCUUUUGUAAUGGCUAUUUUCAAAUAUGCACAAAAGUGGGAAAUACUGUCUUAUGAAGACUCACGAACCCUUCCCCAGUCUUCCAUCAUUAUUUACAGAAUCUUGUUUCAUUUCUCCUCAUGUACAUUAGUGGGGUAUUUUACUUAGAAAACCCAGACAUGUCAUUUAAUGCAUACCUUCUUAAUGCUUUCCUACAAUGCUAGCACUUUUUCAU